AGGUCACAAUCUCAGACAUGGCGACGAGCAGAGUCUACGUUCAUUACCACCAUGCCGACGCCUGCAGCAAAGCUCGCUGGAACGCCAGAGAGACAUUUAGGUUUAUGUAUGAUAGGCCUUGGCAACAUGUUCUUGAUUUCUAUUCAAAUGCUGUGGAAGGGAAUACUUCAGUCUUGAAUCUGUUUCAGCCCAAAAAACAUUUGGUCCAUGAUGAUGGGAUAACUGAAGGGAUACCUCUUGAAUCUGAAUUGGAGACUUCUACUAGGAAAGAUGGGAGGUCUGGGAGGUGGGAGAGAGUAAAUUUCAAGAUCGUUCUUUCGUACAAUGGGACUUCUUUUGAUGGGUGGCAGAAACAGCCUGACUUACACACUGUUCAGGGUGUAGUAGAGAAGUCACUGGGAGAGUUUGUUGAUGAAAAGAAAGCUCAACUGCUCAAGAAAAAAUGUAAACCAUUAGAAGGACGUGUACUUGUUGCUGGAAGAACUGACAAAGGAGUGUCUGCACUUAAUCAAGUUUGUUCUUUCUAUACCUGGAGAAAAGACAUUGAACCUAUUGCUAUUGAAGAUGCUAUCAAUAAAGAUGCUUCUGGGAAACUUAAGGUUGUCUCAAUCUCUAAGGUUUCCAGAUCAUUUCACCCAAAUUUCUCUGCAAAAUGGAGGCGCUACUUGUAUAUCUUUCCCUUGGAUGAUAUUGAGCCAUUGUGCGAAGGUGGCAAGAAUCAUGAGAACUAUAUCUUUGAUGAGAACCAUGAAAAGCAAAGAAAUGGACUCUUAAGUGAAGAGAAUACUGAAGAAGUAGUAUUGAGUGAGGAUGAUGAGCUUGAAAUUGAGGAAACCAGCAAAGAGCUUCAAGUAGUAGAGAAACCAAGUGAUUUCAGUGUAAGCAAAGUUGAUCAAAUUUUACAGCAGCUUCAAGGAAAAGUAUUAUCCUACAAGAUGUUUGCGCGUGACACAAAGGCUGCAAGAAACGAAGGUCCACCUACAGAAUGUUUCAUGUACCAUGCACGGGCAGCCGAGAUUAAAUUGUCUUGUUCUGAUCAUGUAGAAGGACGAAGGGUUAUGUGCGUUGAGCUUGUCGCUAACCGAUUUCUCCGCAAGAUGGUAAGAGUUCUUGUGGCAACAUCAAUCCGAGAAGCAGCUGCUGGUGCGGAUAAUGAUGCAUUGUUAAAGCUGCUAGAAGCUUCAUGCAGACGAGCCACAGCUCCUCCAGCUCCAUCUGAAGGUCUCUGUCUAUUUGACGUUGGUUAUACUGACUUUGACCCUCAAAUUUCUCUCAUUUCGUGACUUUGACCCUCAAAUUUCUCUCAUUUCGUGACUUUGACCCUCAAAUUUAUACUGCUAGGCCGCCGAA